AUGGCCAUAUUUGGUUGCGGGCCACACUCGUCACGUCGCAGCGCUGUCCACGGAUAUGUGUGGUGUUUUGUGUGGAGAACCCUUGCCAGGGGUAAACCCACCACAUCCUCGAGCGGUGCCGCUGAUCGUCCGCUUCCGCUUAUUCGGAAGGCCGAGGCCCACGUUAUUCACGGUUUGCCGCGAGAUGACGGCCGUUCUCCUAUCCGCGACCUGGGGACGCGCUCGGUGGCAUACAGCUCUGCUCUCCCGAGCCAUCGUGUACCUCUGCAUUUGCUAAUCUAA